AUGUCGGAAUUUAUGGAAGAAAAGGAUGUUGAUUUCUUUGAAUUCAGGCUUUUGCGAAAGAAUAAAAAUAGGAUAAGCAUUGCUCCAGGACCGCUUGAUGAAACUAAGAUUUCCGUAUAUGCUUCUUUGCUUGCCAUUUCAAACAAGUAUGGGUACUUAGUUGCAGGCACAAAAGCCGGUUUUAUGAUCACGAGAACGCAUUCCUUGCGGCAGGCCUUUAAAAGUGAAACUUCCGAAGUUGAGACAGUAGUGAAAGGUUCUUUAGAAGUUAAGGUCUCAAAAGGACCAGUCGAAAUAUUAAAAAUAUCAGCAGACCAACUUACUGUCUUUGCUGGGAUAAAGGGUGGAAUAAUACAAUUAUUUGAUGUGACGACGCUGUUUAACGGGGAAAAUUCCACAUUUACUCCGUAUCGAGAGCUCUCAUUUAAUGAAGCGAUUCGAGAUAUCAGGCCAAACCCGGGUCCUUCACCGAAUAUAAUAGCAAUCUUAUUCAAUAGAAAUGGAAUGAUUAUGUUGAAGGAUUUUAUAGAAGAUAAAACUCUAAGUACUAUUUCACCAAAGAGUGCAGGAGAUCAAAUUAGUGCGGUGUGUUGGUCUCCAAAAGGAAAACAUUUAAUAUGUGGGACUGCCUCUGGGAAAUUAAUAAAAUUCGAUACUGAUGGUUCUUCAAGUGCCGGAAUCCAACCACCCCCAGACCUGAGUAAAGACGGCGAAGCAUACAGAGUUUUAAAUGUGCUUUGGUUGGAAAAAGCCCAGUUUCUUGUAUCAUAUUAUCCGAUGAUAGUCAGUGAAGAUUCUGAAGCAAUCUUAUACCUUGUAUCAAGCGAGCAAAGCCCUCCUAUUUUUACCAAGGUAGAAGUUACGCCAUGGAAAUCUUCGCGACAAGACAGACAAUCAUAUUACUUCAUGGAAACAAUCCGCGAUUGGGGUUCAAAUGUAAAAAAUCUAGUAAUACUCGCCGAUGCUCUAUCGACUGACACAUCAUACAUAGCAUGCGAUAAUUCUGGAGAGUGGACAUGUUGGAUAUUAGACUCUUCAGAUGCUAUAGUCAUGCCAAUACCAAGAUUUGCUCAGAAAUAUGACGAUACAUUGCCUUUUGGGAUGGCUAUUGAUUUCACGGAUACUGAAGAAUGGUUGACUAAAAUUGCAGAUGACACUGUUUCAGUUCCGCCAGUUCCCAUUGUGUAUAUUUUAAACGAUGAAGGAGAUCUUUUGGCUUAUCGCUGCUUUAAUGAAGCAGCUUUUGAAGCUCAAGAGACAUGCACGGACAUGGUUAUCGCACAAAAUAUUCCAUCAACAGGUCCGUCGGCCUUAAUUAAAAAACAUUUGCCUGAACCAGAGCCAAAAGUAGUAGUAAAUGACCAAACAAAAUUGAAGCCAUUAUCUAAAAUAACUCUGCCUCCGCCUGAUCUUGGGGUUAAUCAAAAGAAACCGAUGACUCCAGUUUUCACUUUACCAUCUAAAAUUGCAACCACUCCUACACUAACUCCGACGUAUAAAACUCCUGACAUUAAAGUGUUCCCUUCACCUUCAAAAGCUACUCUGUUAGAAGAAGACAAUAUACGGGAUGUCGAACGUUUUCUAAAGGAGACCGAUCGGUUAUAUAAAGGUGCUAAAUCAUUGGUGCAAAAAUUUUUCACGGUAAAACAAGAAGUUUCCGAUCUCAAUGACCAUAUUACAAAAGCGCACAGAUUAAUAGAAUAUAUUGGGAAUGCAAUGGAUCCAGAGAGCAAACCAAUUUUACCUGAUAAAGCAAUUAAAUCACUUAGUGAUGAAGCUAUGAACAACAUUCGUGGAACUUUAGAGACUAUAAAAGAUGCUGCUCAAGUAGUUGAAGAACGUCUAAUUUUAUUGCACGAUCUGAUAGAAGAAAAAAAGAAAAAGAAUAUAGCAGAGAGAUCUCCAUUAGAAAUGAUUGAGUCGUCAAUCCUUAAUAUAACCACUACUCUAAUGUAUUGGCAGAGACAACUAAAUACGAUGGGUGAUGAUGUCCAAAAACUCUAUGCUGAAAAACAAUAUCGAAGUCAACCUGAGAAACAGGAAACUAUUGAACAAUCAUUUAGUGCUAGGGAGCUUGAUAUUUCAUCGUAUCUUCGAUAUUCACCGGAAGCCGGAAAACAAAUAGACUCAUAUCUGAAACAAACUCAUAUGAUGAAACGAAUAGGAAAUAAACUUCGAAAUCGGAAAACACCGAUAUUGACAAAACCAGCGGAAGGAGAUCAAAGUAAAGCAACAAUAGCAUCUUCCAAUGUUAUUGGAAAUAUCACCACAUAUUCUCCAAAUAAUAUACUGGAAACCUCUCAUAAGACUCGUCCACCGAUAGCCACAGCUGAUUCGUUCCAAACAACCUCUAUAAGCUCACUCAGCAUAAUUGAUAGCCCUACAAAAAAUAUUCUUCAAGUUCGUCGUUUGAAAGAAUCAAUAAGAGAAAAAAAGGAAAAAAAUGCUCCAUAUUAUGUGAAAUCUAAACACGAAGUGCGAACACCCGAACCAUAUGAUUCUGAAAAUCAUAGGCUUUCGGCAUUACUGGGAAAUAAUAAAUCUUUUUCAGAGUAUGUGACGGCUUUUCCAUCAAUUGAUAAAAAUUAUUCUCGUCUUUCAACGUCUGAUGAUGCUGAGGACUCUAAUGACAGCAUUGUGACUGCCUAUAGAAUCGGUCAACGUCCAGUGAAGUCAGUGAAAGAAAAUUUCUUUGGAAAUACUUCUAUCAAAAGUUCGUCUGAAUUGGAAACAAAGAGCUUCUUCGAUGAAUCUCUACAAAACAAAUUUAAUAAUGAGGCCAAUAUGAGCUUCCUUGAUAUUGCAGGAAAAACCGAACCUAAAUAUGAGUCAAGAACAAAGUCUGAGAUCCCUUUUAUUAAAUCCAUUUCACAAAAUAAAGAGAACAUUGCAAAAUAUGAAACUACAAAGCCUUCAGAAAAUGAUUCAAUUCAAAAGAAACUCGAAGAGAUUGCCAAUUUGGAGAUUUCCCCAUUAGGACGAAAAUCAGAAGGAUUUGAACUUUUAAUGUCUGCUGCCGCGAGAUCAUCUUCAGAAGAACAAUCUCUUGCUCAAAUUGGGACAGCGAAAUCCGAGACUUCUGUUGAUGAAUCAAAGAUCGAUACGAGAAAUAGUAGUUCUUAUGAAGAACUAUCAUCAGCUAAUGACUCAUUCGUUAAUAUUGAGAAAUCUGAAGUGGAAACAGUUGAUGAGUCUUCGAAUAAAAAAUUUGCUGAUAUUCUUGCAACCGAUGAAUCAAAGGUAUUAGAGAUCAAGAAUAUUUCAGAAUCAGAAAAUUCCAAAGAUACAACUGCAACAGAAGAUGAUAUUGUAAAGAAUCUUGAAGAAUUAGAAAUGAAACCUGAGACUGAUCAACCACCACAACAAGAAGCAGCGAAUAAAGAAAUUGAAUUGACCAGAGAUAAAAAGGAAGCUCCCCUCGUUGAAACCCAAGAAACUAUAGAAAAUGUCCAAUCAGAAACCCCUACAUUAGAGAAUGAUAUGGAUAUGGGUGGUAUAACUCAAUCUUUAGAAUCGACUUACUUUAAAGAAACUGUUAAUAGUUCAUCUAAUGAAACAUCAGGCUUUGGCACGCCAUCUCCCGCGCCAACGAGUUUUCCUGCUCCCGCUACUGGAGGAUCGUUAUUUCCGCCGUCUGCAAAUACACCUAGCCAGAUUAAUGCUUUUGGCGCUCCGUCAAUUCCAUCUGGAUUGGCUCAACCCACUUUCGGGCAGCCAUCGUUUGGACAGCCAGCUUUCGGACAACCAGUAUUUGGACAGCCAGCUUUCGGACAGCCGUCGUUUGGACAACCGGCUUUCGGUCAACCAUCAUUCGGACAAUCAUCAUUUUCCCAGACUCCGGGAUUUGGAGCGAAUCCAUCCUUGACUUCCUUGAAAACCCCAAGUAGUGGUGGAUUUGCGAGAUUCGCUGCUAGUGGAAUUGCUGGUGCUGUUGGAUUUGGUAAAUCACCUGAUCCUAACGCUACUCAAACUACUACAAAUACUAAUACGCCAAAUAAUCCAAAUUUCACCCAAUUUCGAGGAUGA